AUGGAUAUGGCUGCAACACCAACAACAUAUGGCCAGAACGGAAUCAAAACGGGAACGGGAGUCAAACCGGAACGUUCUCUUUGUUGUCAUCCAAAUCGUGCGUUUCGUCUCUUUUGUAAAUGUACCUCCGUGCGAGGUAUGUCGAAGCUGUACACCGGACCGAAAGUAUUGCGUAUCAUGUGGCUAAUGUUUGUGCUCAGUAUGACUUGUUUGCUCAUUUCAUCUACGGCAUCUCUGAUCAAGGAUUACUUGAACUACGAUGUCAGUGUACAUAUCCAGGUAAAGUUGGACACCCCAGCUCCAUUUCCAGCGUUGACCGUUUGUCAUCAACCGCCGUUUUCAUUUGAGGCUUACGAAUUAUGGAACAAAUCUAAGGUUUUAUCUCCAUCCCAAUUCAAUCAAUACAUGCGCAAACUGGUCCUUGAUGCGUUAUACAGGAAUGAGUUAGAUCUGGCUGUUGGCAUUUGGGGCUAUGAUACACUGAGUGUCUACUAUCAGAACUUAGCAGUCAAUGAAACCAUACACCUCGGUCAUUCACCGGCUAUUUUUCUCAGCUGUGUACGUUUCACAGCACAGAGUAUCUCUUUUGAGGAUAAUUGUACCUUACUACAAGGAUAUCAUUUGCGCCGUUUUUCUCAUCAUUUAUUCAUGAAUUGUUACACCUUCGAACCAAAGGAAUUGUCAGAAGCGCAAGAUAUAUCUAUCUUCAGUCUAGUAGUGGGCAUGAGUCCUCGGGACCGAGACGUACCAGCUCAUCCGGCUUUCUUUACCGACGUGUUUGAACAAGCUCGUGGAUUGCGCAUUGUGGUUCAUGAGCCGGGGACUAUGCCUGACAUGGAAAAGGAUGGAUUGCACGUGGAACCAGGUAAAUUAAAUGAAAUCUCUUUCGAGCCGUACUUGUGGAAUCGACUAAAUACACCAAAACGACCGUGUUUAGUGGCAAACGAGUCACACAGAUAUCGCGAUUUGGAUGAGUGGUACAACUACACACAUUCCAGUUGUCUGCUGGUGCAUCAACAGAGGGAAAUUAUGUCGGAAUGUGGCUGUAUGCUGGUUUUGAACCCAAGACCAGUAGCUCCUACCGAACAAAUGCCUUAUUGCGGUCGCUUGCGUGCCAACGAAAAUAUGACGGCGUUUAUGGAACGGUUGGCUUGCUUGUCCGAGAAGAUGCAAAAGGCCGUGAAGCAAAAAUAUGAUGGUACUGCAUGCCUACCGCGUUGUACGUACUACGAGUACCCAAGCACAACGUCGAUCACAAAAUGGCGAGGUUAUCCCUGGCAAUUGUAUUGGCUUCGGGUACAAAAUCAAGCAUCACAAAACUUGUAUUCAUACUAUCAGGAGCAUCCAAACGCCAACCUGACCGAACAUCCGGCAUUCAAACAAUGGGAAUUAUAUUUGAAAUAUGACAAUCUAACUCACAUCCCACGUCAUCAGGAACUUAUGAAUCUGGCUCAAGGUACCGGAAGCUACUUUGCCAACUUGCCAAAGUGGCCUCCGGAAAAUUUGAAUUUGGAUAGUGAAGAUUUUGCCUAUGUGGUGGUGAAAAGAAAAUCAACCAGUUUGAAUGAGAAGAAUGAAAAGUUGGUUCUUAGCUCCUAUGUCCUCGUCAGUCGUGUUGGUGGUUUAUGUUCCUUGACCGUCGGGGUUACCGCCGCGUUUUUCGCCGAGCUGUUAGAGUUCAUCUAUUUGUUGUACAGUGAAAGCCGAGAAACUAAAAAACCCAAAUUAGCACAAGAAAAUCAGGCAAGUCCCAUGUUACUGAUAGGUGCAAACAGUGAGCGGAACCGAAAUGUACAAAUUUGA